UUUGAGCUCUCAACUUAGUUUUUGAAGAUAGUUUAGUAUCUUAAGAUAUAAGCAUGUUACUAUAUUAAGUUGAUUGAAUUAAACAAGAGGAGAUUUUGAAUACUGCAAUAAAGAAAUGGGAAAAUUAGUAGUAGUAUAUUUAGUUGGAUGGAUAUAAGAAACAAAGCAACUUUGAAUUGAGAGAGAUUAUGGAAGAUGAAAGAAGCUAUAUAUAAGAAAGUUUAAUAAUGCCUUGAUGCAGGGAAGGUGUAUGAUUUGGGAGGUCAAGUUCUUGCAGCGAACAGCGCUCCUUCGAUCUUUCACUUAGCUAGGGAGAUUGGAGCAGAAAUGGAGGAAAUGGACACUCACAAAUUUGCACUUGUCGAUAGUUCAACUGGAGCACUUAGUGAAAUGAAUCUAGCAGAAGAUUAUGUAUCUAUGAUUUCUCUCACACUCAAACUUCAGGUCACAAGAAUAUCAAACUUUUCCCAUCUCUCUCUUUCAUCGAUUCCUUCCAAUCUGAUUCGAUCUCAUGUUCGUGCAGGACAAGGCCAAAGCAUCUGGUCGGAUUGGUGUGCAUGCUGUCAGCGAGCUGGCUCCGGAUUUGGCUCCAGAUUAUCUCAAGGAUCAAGGCUUUGCCUCGGUUCCUAAAUCAGUAAUGUACGGUUACACAGCCUCGGGGUAUGGAUACUUGCAAGACAUGGCUUAUGCUUAUGUGCACGAGUUCACAAGGACAUCGAUGGCUGGGAAGAUACGUCUCGUUUCAGAGGUGGAUACAUGAGCCUCUGGAAGAGGCUCUCUGAAAGACUCCCUGCAGAGGUCUGUUGCAACACAGAAGUACUCUCGGUCACACGAGAUUCGUCUGUUGUCAAAGUUCAAAUAAAAUGUGAGGAUGGUGAUGUCCAAGAGAGGGAAUUCGACAAGAUUAUUAUUUCUGGAGCUUUUCCAUUCAGUAAUGGGAAGACAUACAGAUCACCUAAUUCACUGAAAAAUACAGAUGCAGUUAACCACCGAAUCGACAUGGAUGAGAUGGAGACGGCGUUGUUCAGUAAAGUUCAAACUAUAGACUAUUAUACUACAGCCUUGAAAAUAAAGAGAUUGGACCAUAUUCCAGAAGGAUUCUAUUACUUUGAUGAGUUCAUGGAUGAUCCUGCGGCUAUAGGAAAUCCCGUUGCAAUGCAGAGAUUUUACCAAGAUACCGAUGUUUUCCUCUUCUGGUCGUAUGGCAACUCUGCUGAUAUUCAAGGGACUAAAGUGACUGAGCUUGCCAUUGCUGCAGCUGAAAGAAUGGGAGGCCAAAUCGAGGGGGUUGUUUUACAACGAAAAUUCAAGUACUUUCCUCAUAUUAGCAGCAAAGAUAUGAAGGACGGGUUCUACGACAAGUUGGAGUUUUUACUACAGGGCCAUCGCAAUACCUACUUCGUUGGUGGGCUGAUGGCGUUUGAGCUCACAGAGAGGAACUCUAGUUAUGCAUUUGAUCUUGUUCGGAAACAUUUCUCAACUGAUAGUCUCGAACCAAGCUUUCCAUAUGUCAAGAGAUUAUUAACUCUAAGACCAAGCCAUGGAAGAGCGGCUCUGAAGCAGUUGGAUGAAUCACCUGGAGUCGAGUUUCAAGAACUUUCCUCGCUCGAUGAUUAUCUGAGAUAUUGGGGAACUCACAGCGCCACCCAAUUCAAGACCCUCUAUACAUGGAUCAAUGAGAAGGGGCAUGUUAUAUCUCAGAGAACAUACAGAGAGCUUCACUCAAAUGCUUCGAUAGUUUCUGAGAAACUACGAACAUGCCAAUGCCCGUCUGUAAAGAUGGGUGACAGGGUUCUCUUGGUGUAUGUUCCAGGUCUGGAUUUCAUUGAUGCAUUCUUCGGGUGCUUGAGAGCUGGCAUCGUACCAGUGCCUGCAAUCCCGCCAGACCCAUCUCAGAGAAGCGGGCAGGCGUUGCUUCACAUUUCGAAUAUUGCCAAAGCGUGCAAUGCAGUUGCCAUUCUCUCAACAGUUGGCUAUCACAUUACAGUAAAGGCAGCAUCUGUCAAGAACCUGUUUGCCCUCAACGGGCGCAGCAAGUCAUCUUCGUGCUGGCCUGUUCUUCCGUGGCUGCAUACAGAUUCUUGGGUGAAGAAAUCAAAGAUCUCAAGCCCUCGGGAUCAUGCAGCUGAGGAGUAUCAACCGGCAGCACAUGAUCUAUGUUUCCUCCAGUUCACAUCAGGAUCAACUGGUGAGCCCAAAGGAGUCAUGAUUACUCAAGGCGGCCUUAUCCACAACGUGAAAAUGAUGAGGCGAAGAUACAAGAGCACAUCGAAUACAGUGCUCGUGAGCUGGCUGCCUCAGUACCAUGACAUGGGGCUCAUUGGAGGACUUUUCACUAGUAUGGUAAGUGGUGGAUCUGCAAUUCUGUUUUCUCCGGUGACAUUCAUCCGGGACCCUUUGCUAUGGUUGCAAACCAUCACAACGUACCGUGCUACACAUAGUGCUGGACCCAAUUUCGCAUUUGAGCUUCUCAACCGCAGGCUGGAGGCUAACAAGGCACUGCAUUAUGAUCUAAGCUCCAUGGUUUUUCUCAUGGUUGCUGCUGAGCCAAUUCGUGCAGCGACUAUGAGAAAAUUCCUCGAGCUGACUCACCCUUUUGGGCUUUCUCAAGAGGUCAUGGCUCCGGGUUAUGGACUUGCUGAGAACUGCGUGUAUGUGUGCAGUGCAUAUGGAGAAAGCAGAGAAAUUUUGGUUGAUUGGGAAGAAAGGGUGUGCUGUGGCUACAUCAGCCGAGAUGAUGAUGACGAUGAGGAUGACGUUCGUGUCAAGAUUGUGGAUCCUGAAACGUGCAGCGAGCAUGAAAAUUGUGAAAAAGAAGGAGAGAUAUGGAUUAGUAGUCCGAGUGCUGGAGCUGGCUACUGGAACAAGGAGGAGCUAAGCCAGAAGACGUUCAGAAACGAACUCAACAACGAGCCUGGCAGGAAAUACACACGGACUGGAGACUUGGGGCGGAUCAUUGAUGGAAAAUUAUUUGUUACUGGUCGGAUAAAAGACCUCAUCAUCAUUGCAGGAAGGAACGUAUAUUCUUCAGACAUUGAGAAAACAGCUGAGAACUCAUGUGAAGUGAUACGCCCCGGAUGCUGUGCUGCAAUCGGUGUUCCAAAUGAGACACUUUUGUCAAAAGGCAUACUAGUUUCUGAAACUUCUGACCAAGUUGGUUUGAUCAUAAUUGCAGAGGCUCGGGACGUUAAGUCCGUUUCCAACGAAGCUGUUCGACAGAUUCAGGCAAGUGUUGCAGAGGAGCAUGGAGUUAUGGUUGCUUCAGUUAUCCUAAUAAAGCCGAGGACCAUUAGCAAGACGACAUCAGGAAAAAUCAAGAGGUUUGAAUGUCUUAAAAGGUUCACUGAUGGGACUCUUGAUAUCAUUUAUCAUGAGAAGGGGUCAAUCCAAUCUGAUGAAAGAGUCUCAGAAUCUCAAGCUGUGAAAACUCGGCCUUCGAGCAUAUCUAAGACAGACAUAGUAAGCUUCUUGAUAGAGCUGCUCUCUGAAAUGACUGGAAUUUCCAGUGCCAAGAUCUCCACAAAAGAGAGCCUCGUAUCCUAUGGAGUUGAUUCUAUAGGUGUUGUUCGAGCUGCUCAGAAACUCUCGGAUUAUCUUGGAGUGCCUGUUGGUGCAAUUGAUAUUUUUACAGCAACAUGUGUGGAAGACUUGGCCUGUUUUGCUGAAAAUCUGUUGAAGAAGCAUCGCCCUCAGACAGUAACCGGGCUACCAAAUUCUACCAAGAAAACAUCCAAAGAAGAAGCAGCAGUUUCUUUUGAGGCUUCUUCAUCUCAGAAGCUAAGUAUAUGGUUUAUGCAGCUAAUAGCUCUCGUUUAUGUUUGCUUCUUGUUGAUGCUUCCUGCAUGUUUCUCGAUCUCCAUAUACGCGUAUGCCUUAUCCAUUGUGGAGAGAGCUACAUUCUUCGGUUACUUAGCCUCCUUUGUGCUUGCCCCUCUCUGUUGGAUGUUGUGCAUGUUCUCGACUUGUAUUUGCAUAUCCUUCUUCGGCACUCCAUAUCUGCAACCAAAUUAUGCUCUCGAUUCUGAGAUGUCGAUCUGGUCCGUCCAAUUUGUCAAGUGGUGGGCGCUUUACAAGGCGCAGGAGGUAUCUUCGAAAGUUAUGGCAAUUCAUUUGCGAGGCACCGUGUUCAUCAACUACUGGUUUCGGAUGCUAGGAGCAAAAGUUGCAUCCUCAGCAUUGAUUGAUACAAUCGAUAUCACUGAUCCGUACCUUGUUUCGAUCGGGGAAGAAGCUGUUCUUGCAGAAGGAGCAUUGCUCCAAAGUCAUCAAGUCAAAAAUGGGAUUUUGAGUCUCUCCCCUAUCAAAAUCAGGUCUAGAGCUUCAGUCGGACCGUAUGCUCUGCUUCAGAGAGGCACCGUGCUCGGAGAUGGAGAAGAAAUCCUUGCAUUGGUUUCAAGUGAAGGAAACAGUGAAGCUGCAUCUUCCCCUGACAUUGCUCUCUCAAAGGAUGAAACAGUGAAGCAAAUGAUCCCCAACAAACCUAUAAUUCACUUGGUUGGGAUCUAUGCACUUGGUUGUAUCGGCAGCUUAUCCGCGGCCGCAUCAUAUCUGAUCUAUCUCUGGAUAGCACAAAAGCCUCCCACCAUUCAACACUUUGCUUUUAUUUGCUUAUGUGGAGCUUUUCACUGGCUUCCCUACACCAUUGUUGCAUACACAGUGAUGAUGGCUAGCAUUGCCCCUCCACAGCCUCUCGUCUUCGCCAUCUAUAUCGCCUUGAGUUACACAACCUAUGGCCUCAUCCUCAGCUGCUUUACUUGCCUACUGAAAUCCUACUUCAGAAGAUAUAUCAAUAGUUCAAGUUCGUUUCUAGUUACUUGGUUUCUCCACAGGAUCGCAACGACAUGCCACAUAAGAUUUGCAAAGUUUUUAUCCGGAACAGAGGCUUUCUGCACAUACCUGCAGUGUAUGGGAGCCAAAGUUGGGAAGCAUUGCUCCAUCAGAGCCAUCAACCCAGUCUCGGAUCCAGACCUCGUUUCACUUGGCGAUGGCGUUCAUUUGGGUGAUUUCAGCCGUGUCGUGCCAGGCUAUUACUCUUCAAGAGGGUACGUCUCAGGUGGGAUCGAGAUACAAGAUAACUCGGUUGUAGGCAGCCAAGGCCUAGUCCUCCCUGGCUCUGUCCUUGAGAAAGAUGUCAUUCUUGGGGCACUUUCAGUUGCUCCUCCAAACAGAUUCCUUCAAGCGGGCGGCGUCUUUGUUGGCUCUCCAUCUCCUGUCAUGGUCAAGAACACGCUGCACGGAUUCGACGACAGGAUAGAGGAGAUGGACAUGAAAUACAAGAAGGUGUUAGGAAGCCUUGCUGCGAAUCUUGCUAGCUCGACGCUCAAGUUGAACUCGCGCUACUUCCAUCGGAUUGGCGCAGCCGGGAAGGGAUCACUGAGGAUGUAUGAUCAUGUUUUAGGCUUACCAGAUCAUGAAAUCUUCUCCCCUGGGAAGGAGUAUUGUGUCGUUCUUCGCCAUAGCAACUGCUUAAGCUCGGAUGAUGAUGCUCGCCUUGAUCCUCGCGGAGCAGCACUGAGGAUCAUUUCAAGCAACGGAGAUGCUCCGUUGCUUGAUCUCACACUCAAGACAGGGAAUGCGUUUCAUGCGAGAAGCAUAGGCGAAUUCGCAACAUGGCUUGUCUGUGGAGCUGCGGCGAAGGAAGAGUAUGUGAAGCAUUCUCCACACAUCAGGGAUGCUAUGUGGGACUCAUUGAGGAGAGCAGACUCUUACACUGAGCUUCAUUACUACUCAAAUAUUUGCAGGCUGUUUAGAUUCAAAGAUGGUAAGGAAAUGUAUGUUAAAUUCAAGCUAAGGCCUUUUGACAGAGAAAUCGGUGUGGAGAAUGGGAAAGUCGAGCCAAUCGGCGUACUUCCACCGGAGACGGGAGCCAUCCCUAGAGACGAGGGCGACGAGCGUCCUCGCCUCUUCCUCGCUGACGACUUCCAACAGCGAGUCCACUCUCUGGAUAAGGUCAGGUACGUCCUGCAGCUCCAAAUCCGCCCCGUCCCGGAUGAUGAAGUGACACGCGAGGCUGCCCUCGACUGCACGAAGCCGUGGGACGAAACAGAGUUUCCACACCUUGAUGUAGGAGAGGUGACCAUUGAUCAAGUCCUUACAAAACAAGAAUCGGAUGAUCUAGAGUUCAACCCUUUCCUUAAAUGCCCUGAGGUGGAUGUCAUCCGUGCCACGUCGUGCAACGAGAGCGCAUCUAUGGAUCACGGCCGUUCAGUAGUGUACGCGAUAUGCCAGCAUCUGAGGAAGAAGAAGCCGCUCCCGGAGGCUUGGAGGGCAUUCUUGCAUCAGUCGGACGUGAAGGUCGACCUCUCCGGGUGCCCGAUGGCGGCCGCCUCUGUUGUCAAGGAAGUAACUCUUGUAAGGCCUUGGUAUUUCACAUUAUGGCUGAUGUCUGCUCAGCCAUUCCUACAGGUUUUUCUGCCUUAUUUUGUGAUGGGAUUGGUGGCAUUUGCACCAUUGAACUUCAUGUUCUACUUGAACAAGAUGAAGGGAAUGGAGAUGGUGUAUUUGCUUCCAUUUUUUUGGGUUUGGUCAGGCAUUCUAGCAGGGCUAGUGUGUGGUGUGAGCAAAUGGAUUCUUGUAGGGAAGAAGAAACAGGGCACAAUUGAACCGAUUUGGAGUUUUGGGAUAUUCAUGGACACAAUUUGGCAGGCUAUAAAGAGUUUCGUAGGUGAGUAUUUGAUGGAAAUGACAAGCGGUUCGGUUAUCUUCAACGUGUGGUUGAAGGCGAUGGGAUCGGAUGUUGCGUGGGAUGGGGGCGCGUACGUUGACAGCAUGGGGGCUGCGUUGAAUCCGGAACUGGUGGAAAUACAAGAGAAUGGUGUGGUUGGGAGAGAAGCGUUGCUGUUCGGGCACAUCUACGAGGGUGAUGAGGGUAAGGUGAAGUAUGGCAAGGUCGUCGUGAGGAGGGGCGGAUUGAUCGGAAGCAGAGCUGUGGCCAUGCCCGGAUCUACCGUGGGCAGUGGAGCCACCCUAGGUGCUCUCUCCCUUGCCAUGAAGGAAGAGUUUGUUACCUAAACUUUU